UCACCGGAGCUCGCUUUAAUAUUACCUUUGCCUUUUACUGGCGCGCGGUGAUGACGCAGUGCUCCCUGAUUGGCUCUACAUCGGAGGCGGUGGUUCAGGGGUCCGAGAAUCCUGCAAGCCGGACACGUGGUAACGAACUGCGAGGAGUUUGAGGGGUCUCAAGGCCAAAAAAGUUGGGAGUUGUGCAGGACCUGGAGGAAUCCCCCAGAAUGAAGCUGAGUCUUACCAAGGUAGUUAAUGGCUGUCGCCUAGGAAAAAUAAAAAACCUGGGCAAAACAGGAGACCGCACCAUGGACAUUCCAGCCUGCCUUCUGUACACCAAGACUGGCUCUGCCCCACACCUGACCCAUCAGACACUGCAUGCUAUCCACGGGGUUCCUGCCAUGGCUCAGCUUACACUCUCCUCGCUGGCAGAACACCAUGAGGUCUUGGCAGAAUAUAAGGAAGGAAUUGGAAAGUUUAUAGGCAUGCCAGAAUCGCUCUUGUACUGUUCCCUGCAUGAUCCAGUCAGCCCCUGCCCAGCCGGUUAUGUAACGAACAAGUCUGUGUCGGUGUGGGGUGUUGGGGGACGAGUCGAAAUGACUGCUUCCAAGUUCAUGGCAAUUCAGCAGGCCCUUCAGCCAGACUGGUUCCAGUGCCUCUCAGAUGGAGAGGCAUCUUGUGAGGAAGCAACUUCCAUAAAAAGAGCCAGAAAGUCUGUUGAUCGAUCACUUCUAUUCCUGGAUAAUUGUCUCCGGCUGCAGGAAGAGUCAGAGGCCCUUCGGAAAAGUACCAUCAUUGGUGUGAUUGAAGGUGGAGAUGUGAUGGAGGAGAGACUGAGGUCAGCACGAGAGACAGCCAAGCGGCCCGUAGGUGGCUUCCUUCUGGAUGGCUUUCAAGGGAAUCCCACAACCCUGGAAACUAGACUGUACUUGCUGUCAUCAGUCACUGCAGAGCUGCCGGAGGACAAACCCAGGCUCAUCUGUGGAGUCAGCCGGCCAGAUGAGGUGCUCGAGUGUAUUGAAAGAGGAGUGGACUUAUUUGAGAGUUUCUUCCCUUAUCAAGUGACAGAGCGGGGAUGUGCCCUGACUUUCAGCUUUGAUUACCAGCCGAACCCUGAAGAGACGUUAUCACAACAAAAUGGGACACAGGAAGAAAUAAAAUACGCAGAUCAAACAAAGAAAAUUAAAACAACCAGUUGCAACCAAGAAAUUACAUCAUUUGAAAUUAAUCUGAAGGAAAAAAAGUACCAGGAGGACUUCGAUCCACUUGUGAGAGGGUGUUCCUGUUACUGCUGUAAGAAUCAUACUCGUGCAUACAUCCACCAUCUGCUGGUGACCAACGAGCUAUUGGCUGGAGUCCUGCUUAUGAUGCACAACUUUGAACACUAUUUUGGUUUUUUCCACUCCAUCCGGGAAGCACUAAGAAGUGACAGACUGGCACAGUUGAAAGAGCUCAUCCGCAGGCAAGCGUCUUGAGACCUGGCAUACACAAAUCAGACUCUUCACACUGAGACUGCCCCACUGUUGUCACACAGGAAGAAGAGAAGGAGAAACAAUCUUAGCUUUAAUUACGUGUAUUUGAGAAUAAGGUCUAUGCAAAUAAGGAAUGUUUGUAUCAAACUCUGCCUCCAUGAGAAAGGAGAUUUCAUAUAAAGACUUAAGUGACCCCAACUGAUCAGAAAGAAUUAAACCAUGACCUUUAAUAUUUCAA